CAGUACUUGACAUUUCCUUCACCUCCCAAUAAACUCCAAACUGCUCUCCUAUAUAUUCCUCACUCUCGCUCACUUCACUCUACUCAUUCAAUGUCAUCUCUCUCUAUGCCUCCUGCUCACUGAAAUCGAGUGUUUAGGUUUUAGUCACAGAAUUCCUCUUCUUCGCGCCUCUCUCAAGAAGCAAUGGAAGCUUCUUUCAACGAAAAUGUCUCGGAACUCUGCUCGGACUCCGUUCAUGAUCGCCGAACCUCGAAGCAUAUACGCGAUAACGUUCACGGAAACAUCUAUCUGGAUCGGUUUUUCCUGCAGUUCGUUGAUACUGAACAAUUUCAGAGACUUCGUGAUCUAAAGCAACUUGGUUUGACGGACAUGGUUUACCCAGGAGCUGUGCAUUCUCGGUUUGAGCAUUCGCUUGGAGUUUAUUGGCUGGCUGAUAAAGCUAUCAACUCAAUUAACACUUUCCAAGGUUCUGAGCUUGGCAUUGAACCGUUUGAUAUAAAGACUGUGAAGCUUGCUGGACUAUUGCAUGAUGUCGGUCAUGGGCCAUUCAGCCACUUGUUUGAGCGAGGAUUUCUUCCUCAAGUUCUCAAGGGAAGUAAAUGGUGUCAUGAGAGCAUGUCUCUGAACAUGAUAGAAUAUAUUGUUGACCAGCACCAUAUUGACAUUGACUCUGAAUGCCUUAAGACUGUGAAGGAAAUGAUCGUUGCUAGCAAUAAAGGUUCUCAAAAAAGUAUGACGGAAAAGCAUUUCUUGUAUGACAUUGUCGCUAAUGGUCGCAAUGGAAUAGAUGUUGACAAGUUUGACUACAUUGUUCGUGACUCCCGUGCUUGUGGUCUAGGAUGCAAUUUUCAGCCUGAGAGGUUAAUGGAUACUAUGAGGGUUAUCGAUGACGAGAUAUGCUAUCUCGCUAAGGAUUAUCUUACAAUCCACAAGCUAUUCGCCGCUCGAGCUGAUCUGCAUCGAACUGUCUAUACACAUCCAAAAGUAAAGGCAAUCGAGCUCAUGGUUGUUGACGUGCUGUGUAAAGCAAAUGAUUAUCUUGACAUUUCAUCCAAAAUUCAAGAACCAGCUGAAUAUUGGAAGCUAGAUGACUCUAUACUGAAAAGUAUUGAAAUUUCUCACGAUCAAGCGCUCAAGGAAGCUAGAGAUUUGAUCCUACGCAUUCGCAGAAGAGAUCUAUACCAGUUUUGCAAUGAGUUCUCUGUUCCAUUGGAAAGGCUAGAGCACUUCAAAGACAUCACUGCCCAAGACAUUGUUUGUUCCCAGGGGAGAGCUGGUACUCUUAAGGAAGAAGAUGUUGUCGUGAGCAAUGUGAAGAUUGAUUUGACACGUGGAAGGAAUAGCCCUUUUGAAAGCAUCAAUUUUUUCCAGGAUUAUGAUAGUGAGCUCAAAUUUCGGAUAGAAGAUUCCCGUGUCAGUCACUUGCUGCCUGCUUUUUAUCAGGACAUGAUAGUGAGGGUGUACUCUAAGAAGCCUGAACUGGUAGAUGCAGUUUCUGAGGCGUUUGAGAACUUUCAAGUCAAGGAAUAUGGAAGAAAAGAACAGAUACAUGCAACUCCAAGAAAGGGGACUCGCCGUGCGCUCUAUUCACGUUAAACUUGUUCGAAACACGAAAAUUCUGAAGGACCAUCAUAGCGGAAUACCAUGAGGAAAAGUAUAUAAAUCCAUAUAAUUGACUAUACCAAAUCUCUAUCCCCCAUCCCUCUCUUAUGCCUUGGUUAUGACAGUUCAAUAUGACCAGUUUUUUUGUAUAUAAACUGACAGUUGUGGCACUGCCUCAUUGUAAUGUCGAAGGAAACUGCUUUAUCUUCUGAAACUGAAAUCUGAUUCAUGAGCUAGCUAUUGCUUAUUAACA